AGUGCUGUGACAUGUGACCGAUUUUAAUUUAUUUAUAGCCUAAACUUACACAUUUUUGUCGGAUUUACAAUCUGUGCACAUACGGCAUCCUCUUUCCAUGGCCCUCAUCAGUUCAGGAAAAAACUCAAUGUAUAGAUGUAUCCUUUAUUCAUUCCCAGGGGGAAUGUUUUUUAUAGCAGCAGCAUGCAAGGUUAAAUAGUAAACAUAACAAAUAUUAAGUAUGAAAAAUGCUCAAUACAUACAAUACAAUAAAAUUGCAACAUAUUGUAUAAAAGAAAAUGCUAACUAUAUAUAUAUAACAUUUGAUAUAUUAUAUAUAAUUACAUAUUAAAGGGAAGAAACCUUCAAGAGGAACAGUGGCGGAUCCGUCUUCCUGGAUGGACAGAAGUACAAUAGAGGUCAUGUGUACAGAAUGAACAUAACAGUUACAACACAUUUAAUGCAUAUGAAUGAAUUAUUCAUAUGAGAGUAGUAGGCAUGAUGUAAAAGUUACAACUAUCAAAAAUAACAGCAGUGAAUAUAGUAAGCUAAAUGACAUUCCAUUUUACUUAUAGAAAUAUAUUAGGUGGCGCUUUUGUGCUUGUAAUGGUUCUAAAAUAAAACUGUCCACGUGACAAUUUAUUACGGACUAUUGCCUCUGGCAUUUUUUCCUCCAAGAUCUUAAAAUAAAUUAAUUCUAAAAAGGUGAAAUGAUAAGCAUUUUACAAGGGAACACAUAUCAGCACAAAUACGAAUAUUUUGAGUAACACAUUUUCUUUCUUGUAUAACUACCAUAAUUAAAUUUUAACAAACUACAGAGAAUGUAAAGGGGGAAACUUUAAACUGCCAUAGCUCCUCCUCGCCGCAGGGGGGCAGUGUGUCGCAGCGGCGGCGGUGAAGAGGUGGAAGGUCGUAACUGGGCAGUCUUGCAGGAAAAACCGGACCACGUCUUGAGAGCAAAACAUGGGUGAAAAUGAAGAAUUUACCGAGUAUUUACAAGACUGCAAGGGUGCUUACGUCCUCAGCAACGUCGCCGAAGUGGUCGAGCGAAUUCUGACCUUCGUACCGACAAAAUCGCUGCUGCGGAUCGCAAGUGUGUGCAGACUGUGGAGGAACUGUGCCCGGAGAGUGCUGAGGACUCACCAGCAGCUGACCUGGGUGUCGGCCUGUGGGCAGUACAAAACGGAGGCCCACGUCCUCUGCAGCAUCCUGGCCGAAGAGGUGGAGAAAGUGUUUCUUCUGCCCAAAACUGUUCUGGCGUUGGUCGACUAUGAAGGCUUCACUGGACGAGCGUAUAGCCACAGAUAUAAUAAAGCCAAAAAGAAUCGCCACAGUCCAAACACGGUUGACGAGCUGAACCUGCUCUUCCCAAAAGGCUGUGACAUCGUGGGCAUCACCACACCGGGCGUCGUCUUGACUCCCAGCGGCUCCUGCUCCAGCCGUCCUCAGGAGUACCAGGAGGGGGAGGCCGGCUUUGCCAUCAUGCUGCCCAGUAUCGAAGGUGUCCACGUCAAGUCCUUUCACUUUUGCAAGAAGUCCAUCUCCCCGACGGCUCUCAAAGAAGCAGGACUAGUCGACAACCCGGAGCUUCGCGUGGUUCUGAUAUUUGUCUAUGAGGCGUAUAAAACGGGAGGUUCGCAGUUCCUGAGCCAGAUCCUGGAGCCGCUGGCCAAGAGCAAAGCGCUCAUCGCCGGGGGCCUCGUGGAGAGUGUCUUCUCUCCUCCCAGACAGUGCUGUAGCCAGGGGGCGUUCGGUGUGGUGGGCCUGGCCCUGAGCGGCCCCAAGGUGCAGGGGGCGUCGGUGCUCCUGAACCAGGAAGUCAGCGACCCGAAGGCGGCGGAGGCCACGAUCCGGCGGCUGAAAGCGGCCAAGGUCCCCGAGCGGAACACCCUGGGCUUCAUGUUCGCCUGCGUGGGCCGAGGCCAGAACUACUACCACAACCAGGCCAACGUGGAGGCGGAGGCCUUCCACAAGGUGUUCCCCAACACGCCGCUCUUCGGCCUGUUCGGCAACGGCGAGAUCGGCUGCGACCGCAUCGUGAAGGACGACUACACGCUGUGCGACACGGACAGCCUGCAGCACGAGUACACCACGGUGAUGACCCUCGUCCAUUUGGGCUGAACGGGGGACAAAAGGAAACGAGGAAACGCAAGUCGGGGAACAAGAAACAUUUUUUUUUUUUACAGCGUCGCUCGCUUUCAGACUCGAGAAUCUCGGCGCCACCAUUUCACGCUCAUAAAGCAGGAAAACGAUCCGGUUCCGCCGAUGCAAAGGCUCGAUUUUUGGGGAAAUUGUGUCCAUCGGCUUCAUGUUAAAACUAGUGAGUUUCACUAGAGUUUUAAUAUUAUUAGUAUUAAAAUGGGAUGCUGUUUGUAAAAUAUACGUGUAUAUAUUUUUCCUACAUUUGGGCCCAUAUUCAAGGCAUAUCUUACCCACUAACCUCGUAGGUCUUGUUUUUGCAGGUAAGUUUAAAAGAUACACUUGUGUGUCCCCCGAGCUGUUGUUGUUGUUGUUGUUGUCAUUGAGCGCAGGCACUUUUUUUUAAUGCAAGUAUCAGUGUGUGCUCCCUCUAACCGCACAAUCGAGGCAAUCUGGAUUUUAAAACGCUCUGUCAUUUUACGUUUUACACUUAUUGUUUUUUACACACACACAAAAAUCUGCGUUGACCUAGAAAUUAAUACUUUUUUUGCAAGAUAUCUAUAUAUCGUGGUUCAAAUGGGCAUCAGUGAGAAUCUUACAGUGCCUCUUUUUUAAUGUUGUUUGUCCGCAUCGGGUCAUAGCUCCUACUACCUACUUCCAAAUAUUAAUGGUUGGGCUAAAUGCUUAUUGCAGCUGAAAAGAGUCCCCCCUAAAAUUUCAAACUUUAGGAAAAAGUUCUACUGUCCAAUGUUAAUUUUUUAAAUUAUUAAUUCACUUGGAUAACGGUUAUUUUUUAAAUCCUGUGAAUCCAAAUAAGAUAUAAAAACGUUACACAUGCCUUUUUAUACGACAGAAUAAUGCUAAAACUCCAUUGAUGCUUUAUAUAAAUGUGUUAUUUUCUAGAUGGCCCUGUCAUUAAUCGUUGCCAACCUCUUUUUUUUUCUCACGAAGAAGAAUAUUCUGAUGACAUAAAGGUGCAAUUUCCAGUGGAUAUAUGUUUGUUGAGCAGUGAUUGUUGCAAGAGUGGUUGUUUUUGAGAAAAUUCCAAUCUUACUUUUUGAAAAAAAUGAUUAGAAGUCCUCUUUUUGUGUUUUAAUUCCCAAAUAUGUCCUCAGAGGGUUUGGAGAGGAACAUAAACUGCAUUUGAAGUUGGUGUCUUUGGCUCCUGAGGCGCAUGUCGUUUUGUUGAUGAUGCACUUUUCUACAUGUGCCAAAUAACAGGCGUAUCUGUUCUGCUCAAUAAAUUUGCUCAAAACUUG